CGUCGCUAUACAUAACAUAGUGCAGUGUCACCUCGACCAAUGCUUGAACCGUGUUGUUGUUUUUUCUAGAAAAGAAAGGUCUUUUACUUUGUAAGGUUUGGAAAUAACACUGUUGUUUGACCAUGGAUGACAUAAAGCAGUUCCUGUAUGCGUGGUGUGGAAAGAACAAGGUUACACCCAACUAUGAGUUUAGUCAGACUGGCGCUAAGCACAGACCAAGAUUCAAAUGUGAGGUGCAGGUGGCAGGGUUUGACUACCUAGGUGUGGGUAACUCCACCAACAAGAAGGAUGCACAGGCGAAUGCUGCUAGAGACAUGGUCAACUACCUGGCCAGACUGGGCCAUAUCAAAACUACAGACAUACCAGGACUGGUAGUGUUCAGUAAUAAGGAGACCCAGAAUAUGGGGUCUGAGCAAGAAGGGCUGGGCAUGGGGGAGUUCAGUCAGCUGCCAGGGGUACCUGCUCCUCACCAGAAGGUUGCCAUGGCUCCUGAGUUCAGUGGGUUUGAGGUGGGUCAGCAGAGAGACCUGCCUGCUUACGAGAGGGGACCGCCAUUGAGCUACAUGGAGAGAAUAGCUGAGAAGAGGCAGCUGGAAGAGUCAGAGGAUUGUGAUUUCAAUGCUGAUCUCCAUGGUAAUUGGACGCUGGAGAACGCCAAGUCAAGACUGCAUCAGUUCUUGCAGACACACAAGAUCCACACUGACUACACCUAUCAGAUGGUUGGACCAGAUCACAACAGGAGCUUUAUUUCUGAAAUGAAGUUUUUCGUGAACAAGUUGAAUCAGUAUGUGAGUGCGAGGGAGCACGGCUCCAACAAGCAGGUUGCCUCCAAAUCGUGCGCCCUGUCCCUGGUGAGGCAGCUCUACCACCGGGGGGUCAUUGAGGCCUACACGGGGGUCACCAAGAAGAAGGAGGCAGACAAGAUAGAGCCCUAUGAUGUAGCUGUAUCCCCAGAGAUUGAGCAGCAACUGGACUCCUGCCUACAGCAGUGGGACCUCAGACCAGAAAUACCACCGCCCAACCAGGAGGGUGUGUCCACUCUGGUCAACCGGACGGUGCUGGAUGAGUUCCGACCCGGCAUGAAGAAGCCCGGGGGUGUGGUAUCCUGGGCCCCUCCCACCCCCAACUGGAACCCCUGGACCAACUGUAACAUCGACGAGGGACCCCUCGCCACUGCAAGCCUUGCCAGCACCAGUGAGGACCUGUACAACAGCCUGGAGCAGCAGAAGGCCCAUGACCCUGACCUACAGCGGAUGCUGUCUGAGAGAGCCAGGUUACCAGUGCACAAUGCCCAGGACCAUAUCCUGCAAACUGUGGCUUCAUACCCUGUCACUAUCAUCCGUGGGGAGACUGGCUGUGGGAAAACCACACAGGUGCCCCAGUUUAUCCUGGACCACAUGAUUGCCCAGGGGUGUGGGGCAGACUGUGGCAUCAUCAUUACACAGCCGAGAAGGAUCAGUGCUAUCUCCAUUGCUGAGCGUGUUGCCGUGGAGAGAGCUGAGCACUUGGGCCUCAGUGUGGGCUAUAGUGUGCGCUUUGUAACCGUCAUGCCCCGUCCCUACGGAGCUAUCAUGUACUGCACUGUGGGCACGUUUUUGAGACGUUUGGAGAAUGGUUUACGUGGAGUCUCACAUGUCAUCGUAGAUGAAAUCCAUGAGCGGGAUCUUAACACUGAUUUCCUGCUGGUGUUGCUACGUGACAUGGUGAGGGCGUUCCCCAACCUGCGGGUCAUCCUCAUGUCAGCCACUGUGGACACCACACUCUUCACUGACUACUUCGGCAACUGUCAGGUCGUGGAGGUGUACGGACGCACCUUUCCUGUGCAAGAGUAUUACCUGGAGGACUGUAUACAGUUGCUUAACUUUGUCCAGCCACCCAACGACCGCAAGAAGAAGAAAGACCGGGAUGAGGAGGAUGAGAUAGGAGAGCAGGAGGAGAACAUGAACCUGGUGAUCUCCCAUGAGUACACAGAGCAGACCAAGAGGGCCAUGGCCAUGAUGAGUGAGAAGGAGACCUCAUUUGAGCUCAUUGAGUCUCUGAUCAAGUACAUUAAGACCUUGCGUGUUGAUGGAGCCAUCCUGAUCUUUCUGCCGGGCUGGAACCUGAUCUUUGCCCUCCACAAACACCUUGAGAUGCACCCCGAGUUCGGAGGCAAGAUGUACCGACUGCUGCCUCUGCACUCCCAGAUCCCUCGUGACGACCAGAAGCGGGUGUUUGAGUCGGUCCCUCCGGGGGUCACCAAGAUCAUCCUCUCCACCAAUAUUGCUGAAACCAGCAUCACAAUCAAUGACGUUUCCUUCGUGAUCGACUCAUGCAAGGCGAAGAUGAAGCUGUUCACGUCUCACAACAACAUGACCAACUAUGCGACGGUGUGGGCCUCGAAGACCAACCUGGAGCAGAGGCGAGGCAGGGCCGGCAGAGUCAGGGAGGGAUUUGCCUUCCACCUCUGCUCUAGGGCUAGGUUUGACAGACUAGAGCAGCAUACGACCCCAGAGAUCUACCGUACCCCCCUCCAUGAGCUGGCCCUGUCCAUCAAGCUGCUCAGGCUGGGCUCCAUCAGUCAGUUCCUGGCCAAGGCAGUUGAGCCCCCUCCCAUAGACGCAGUCAUUGAGGCAGAGGCACUGCUUAGGGAGAUGCGAGCGUUGGACAGCAAUGAUGAGUUAACUCCCCUGGGCCGUAUCCUGGCAAGGCUACCCAUCGAGCCUAGACUGGGGAAGAUGAUCAUCUAUGGAUGCAUCUUCUACUGUGGUGACGCAGCCUGCACUAUAGCUGCCAGCACGACCUUCCCAGAGCCGUUCAUCACACCGUCAGACCGACGACGUCUGGGCUGGGGCCACAAGAACCUGGCUGGCAACCGCCAUAGUGACCACGUAGCCCUCCUGAACGCAUUCCAGCAAUGGGAGGAGGCACGCGAUGGUGGGGAGCAGAGUGAAGUGUAUUUCUGUGAGAACAAGUCCUUGUCCCUGCCUACUUUGAGAAUGACCUGUGAAGCCAAGAACCAGGUUCGAGACAUCCUUGUGAAUGCAGACUUCCCCGAGGACUGCAUCAUGCCUCAGAUGUUUAACUACCAUGGACCUGACAACAAGCUGGAUAUUGUGAUCACGCUGCUUGCUAUGGGCCUGUACCCGAACGUGUGCUACCACAAGGACAAGCGCAAGGUGCUCACCACAGAGAGCAAGGGUGCCCUCGUACACAAGUCCUCAGUCAACUGCAGCAACAGAGAAAUCAAGUUUCCAUCACCCUAUUUCAUAUUUGGAGAAAAGAUCCGUACGCGUGCAGUGUCCUGCAAGCAGAUGACCAUGGUGUCCCCACUACAGCUGCUGCUGUUUGCAGCCAGGAAUGUCACCCUGCAGGACGGACUGGUCGUCCUGGACUCCUGGAUCAACCUGAAGAUGGACCCAAUGCUGGCAGCCAAGAUCCUGGCCCUACGCCCGGCCCUGGAGGCCCUGAUAGUGCGGGCCACCCAGAACCCGGACUGUGUGCAGAGCCCCGGACCCCAGGAGGAGCAGCUGAUGGCCCUGGUCCGGGCCCUCUCACGACCCAACGCCGGCAGGUUUGGCAUUCAGGAGGCUGAGGGUGCCCAGGGUGGUCCUCCUCCUAACAAGUUCCCUCGGAUGGGUGGAUUCAGUCGAGGGGGCAGCUUUGAGCCUCGGGGAGGGUUCAGAGGAGGCUACAGAGGUGGCCCUAGAGGCGGGUUUGGAGGCGGUGGUUACCAUGAAGGCAGGGGUGGAUUUCAAGGGGGCCCUCCAAGGGGCAGGGGCUUCAGAGGAGGAGGGUUUGCUGGGGGUCCACCAAGGGGAGGCUUCAGAGGCAACAGAGGGGGAUAUUGAUGUUGCUGGCCACAAUAGCACACAGUUACUUGAGUGUUGUGAAGUCUGUAUGAAUGAGGACAUCUUUCUGUAUUAUUAUGGAUUCACUGAUCCACCACACAAUAUUAUACAGAUGUCAUAUCCAAAUAAGUGGAUGAUUAACAGUAAAUCCCUGCCUCUGCAAGUGGCCAAUAUGUUUGUGUGUCUGAGACUAUAAAAACAAGGAUGAUGUUAGAGAAUAUUUUGUUGUGCAUGUAUUAAACACCAUGAACAUGGAUAUGAAUGCAGUACAUGUACAUGUAUCAGUU